UCGAACGUCAUCGUCAUUUCCGGUUUGCUCAGCUUACAUGCUGCUUCUUGACUAAAAGAAAGAAAAACAUAAACGUUCUUCGUUUAUUCCAUGUAAACACGAUGUUGUUAUAAAGCAGCUAGAACAGAUCGGUAGUAUUUUAUAUUAGAACAACAUGGUUCCAUCAGACCUUAAGACCCUGAUCCAGAGGUUUUAUCAACUUCAGUCUGAGCGGAUAGAGACGUAUCGACUCUUUGAAGAAGGACAUGAAGCCUACUUGCGGACUGGGCCCCAUUAUGACUUCGAGCACUAUAAGCAGUUGGUCCACGAGAUAACGCAGGCCUUCAGCGGCAUUUCUAAGGAAGUCCUGGAGAUCAAGGGAAGGCUUCAAGAGUUGGACCAAGCUGACCUUUGUGAGCACAUUGAAAAGCUACAGAGCAAAGAGAAGCAGAAACUUGAACUGACAGCCAAGCUGCAGCUGGCCAAGCAGCAGGCCCAGGAUCAUCUGGAGGAUGAAGGCUGUCUUGAAGGAAUUCAGGAGAUCAAGCACGAGAUCAUAAAGAACAAAGAGGCUAUGAGUGAGAUCAUGCAGGACUUUAAAUACGAUUCAGAAGAGUGUGAUUGACAGCCAGCUCCCUGGAGGUCUGAACCAACGGCCCUCUCACAUGACGAAACCGCGGAGUCGACUUCGCCCUGAUGCAACUUCCAUCUCGGAGUCUUCAUCAGCUCUUAUUGAUUCGCCUCCGGCUCCACCCUGCUCUCUGCUGCAGUCUGAUUCCACCCAGGGGGGGUUCUCCCAAUCUGCCUCUGUGUGAUUUUAUGUGUAGUCGUGUGUUUGCUUUGCUGCAUUGCUGAACAUAGAAGAGUGUUUAUAAUGUGAUGAUAUGUUUGGAAAAAAAACCACCAAAACGAAAUCAUUAAUGGAGUUUGUCUUUAUUAAUAAAGACAAACUUAAAGAGU